AUGAGUGUUUUUCGAAUGUUUCUCCUCGGUUUAGCCUGCCUAAGUUCCUCGACGUACGGAUUCCUGAUGGAUAGGUAUCGCUGGAAUGACUGUUUCACCUCCUUGACCAGACAUCGAUUUCGCGAUGCGUACUACCCAGAGACGGCGCUGCAAGGCAUCGAGAAUCCAGACUUCGAGGCGGAGGAAACUCUGUUGUGCGUUCGUUUAGAAACGCUACCCAACGUUGCACUCGACACCGCUCUUGAUGCGGUCGCCUUGUACAGUCAGAGAUUUCCGUUUGCCGCUGUCCUACCCGUGCAGCCACUGACAUACCUUCCGACCGACGAUCGUGGUGUAGAAGUCAAGUUUCUGCGCAAAAAGACGCCCAAAAAAAGCAGCAUUGAUGGUGGCAUUCGAUUCUUUAUCGAACCACAGUCGCCGGAAGAGCAACUCAAGGAUGACAACGUGGAUGGAGUGUCUACUAUUCAAGUAACGGCCAAACGAAAUUCAAAAGGCCAAUGCAUUGCAAAGAUUGUCGCCGAGCGACUUAUUGUUACCAAUUAUGUCAAGGGAAUAUCGGGCGAAGAAAUGGAGAAGUAUGGUAAAGCACCUUUGGAUUUGAUCCGAAUCCAAUCGAUUUUCCACAAGUGGAUGUAG